GAGAACCUGAGAAUCCUGAAGCAAGAGAGAGACAUAAAGAAGUUUGGGGACAAGCUAAGUGAAUUGAUUCAGAAGAAGACCCUGAUCAGAUCCUUCGCUAGGAUUGCUGGAGUGGAGGAAGAGGAAGUUUUUCAGAGGUUCUCGCAGCAAGUGACUGAUGAGUCACUCAAACCAUUCAUGAGCAUAAAGAAGAAGCACGAGACCGCAGACGAGUGGAAGAGCUACGUGGAGCUAUGCAUUUCGGGGGAAGCAAUUCAGAGGGUGGAAAAGUUUCCAGAAACAGGUCUUGAUGUUCAUACCAUUUUAGGAAACCACAUGGAAAUUCCAAAAGGCGCAUUUAUACACCCUCUCCAUGCUGCGGAUGCCGGAGAUGUUGAGAAAUAUCUCCUGGGGCUCCAUGCGCAUCAAGGUCGUUGUGAAGCAGAAAAGAAUAUCCCCACCGCCUUCUGUGUUGAUGAUAUCAAACACGCUGCAGAGAUCCGGGACUCCCUCAGAAGACAGGAACUGAAAACCGAUGUCGCCAUUUUGCAUAAGACGGAAUGUGAAGGAGAACUUUUCAAGCACCAGCACACCUAUGUGGUGAUUGGAGCUAGGCACAGGAUUGCUCUUCCAACAUCUGUGCUCACGAGGAAGGAGUUUCUGGAAUCUUUUCAAAAGCCCAACUGCUGGCUCCUGUCGAACAUCCGAGACUUGAGAAAAGGAGAACUUCCUCCUCAGAUGAAGCUGGUCACCCUUGUUGAUUUGAAGUUUGAGUCCCAGGGGAGUAGCGGAGACACAGAGACAUCCAUUGAGCUUCUUCCUGGCAUUGAAUUGGAAACGCAAACUGAGGACAUAGACAUGGGAGACAAGACAUGGGAGAAUUUCGAUCUCGAAAUGUCUCCAGAUAUUCCAGCAGAGUGUGACAUUGAAAAGGGGGCUAUCAGAGGAAAAUUCGAGUUGGGUCAAGGCACUAUAGAUUUCAUGGCAAUGCCUUCAAAAGGGUAUGGAACGGCAAUGAGCCAGAAACACUACUUCAAGGAGACUGAUGAGCUUUGAAGUAUCAAUGGAAUAAGUCUUCCAACCGUGUUGCCAUUUUACAGGGGUGAAUGACGACGUAGGAGAUUGGGAGUCACAUGGAGGCAGAGAGAACGAGGAUCAGUUGUGACCUUCAACCGUUGAUUUUAAAAACUGAAGCAAAUGAUAUCCCAUUGGCCUUCGAGUGAGCCAAAGUUUAGUGUGGGAUUGAACUCGGUGCCCCCAUUUUAUUAUGUGUCUAG